ACAACGCAGCAGGACAGAGACACUCCUCCUCCCAGAGAUUCAACUCCACACUGAAGAUGCAGAUCUGUGGCUGUUUGCUGUUCUCCUGCCUGCUGUUCAUCACUGUGCUGCACUGCAGUGUCAGUGGCUUCACAGUCCAACAUCAACCUCAGCACAUAGACCGGCCCGUGUCGAGGCCUCUUGCGGCUCUUCCACGUCGCCCUGGAGGACCGAAGGCAGGGGAGGAGUUAACGGCGAAGCUGCUCCGAUUGGAUGACCUGGUGAGGAUGGAGAAUGAUGUCAUGGAGCCAAAGAGGAAGAGGAGUUUCCCCGGCAACAACGCACCUCUGGACCGCCUGUCAGUCAGCUCCAUGGAAACCAAACAGGCACCAAACAAGCAGAGCAAAGUCGUGGAGUUGCCACGCCGACGAGUCAAUCCUCCUCCCAUUGACAGGAUUGGCAUGAGUCGUCUACCAAACAGCAGAGGGUAGGCCACGCCCCCUCCCUCUGACAGCCCACCCCUCUCUACAGCACCCCCUUCAGGACAGAGGACUCACCUCAGAUGCAUGAAACAGCCAAUCACCAACUGCCAGUCACCUGCUGAGACACGCCCACCACCUGCCACUCACACAUCAGUUCUCCACCUUCACUUCACCUGGUCACCAACCAACCCCCAUCCACCCCACCCCCACCCCCCACAAUGAAUAAUGAAUGUUUUUAUGAUGGUGCAUUCAGGUGCUGCUCGAUAAAUUCAUCACGUGCAGAAAAGUCAGGACCAAAGAAAAGACAGAACUAGUUUGAUCAGAGGAUUAAUGUUCAGAUGCUCAUUUAGUUUCUAUAAAAUUCUACAUUGAACUCAUAUGUUUAAAAGAAAAACUUCUGCACAAAAAUGUGACAGAAGUUUAAAUUUUACUACUUGUUUUGUAAUUUUAGAUUUCCUCCCUCGAGGUUCUUAUCAACAUAAUCAAUUCAUUCAUUUCUGUCCUGGAUAAAUAGCUCUGCUUUAAAAUGAGCCAAUUUUGGCAGCAGGGUUAGAAUUUAAAUUUAGUAAAUCUGAAUCUUAUAGGUUAGUGUUAAACAGGACUGGAUAUUUAUUCUCUGAUCACAUCAUUUUAUAAAGUUUAGACUGAAUUAUUUACGUGUUUAUCUGUUGAAGAGAAUAAUAUAGUUUGUAUUGGCACUAAAACUCAGACGUCAUGCUGCCACCAGAAUCGAAAAACAAUACCCAGCCCUGAAUCAGAAUUUCUUUUUCCUGACUUAAGUUCAAAGUCAGAUUUACAGACAUUGGUUCUCUGGCUCUUCUGUUGCAUUUAGUGCCCAGUCAGAAAAGAGUCUCCCCUGGCAGAGAUUUUAUUUGAAUAGUGACAUUCACAAAUGAACCUUUGAUUGAAACUUUCUUGCAUUCUUUUUGGGCGUCACCUGAAUGCAUCAUCACUCCCUUCCCCCCGACUCUGACCGGAGGCGUCUGUCGCCUCUACGCUCAAACCAAAAUGUAUGACACGACUUGACUUGAGUUUCUGCCUCGUAGUUUUAUUUCUCCAGCAGUGCAGCAGGUCUGUUCACAGCAGGACGACACACUGACAGAAGUUUCCACUGCACCAGAUGACAUGUACGAGAAGCUUUAUUUUACCAAGUCGCCGCCAGUAUUGAGGCCAGAGUGAAAGCACUUCAAGUGAAAGUAAAAAGAAAUUUAACUUCAGUUACACGUUGGAACUAUUUUUUGACAAACAAAGCAGUACAGAAUUUUAAUCCUGUCCAUAAACAAACAGUGGAUCCACUCGGUCAGUACAAAGCAGCCUCUGCUUCUGGUCUUUAUGCUAAGCUAGGCUAACAACACCCAGCCUCCAGUUCUGCACUCACAGCUCACCUCACUCUCAGCAUGAAAGAAUGCAAGAGCGCUUCCAAAAAUGUUUAACUAUUCCUUUAAAAAAGAAAGUCUGGUCAGACCUUUACUGAGAGCGAUGUUUCCUCAGUAAACAGGUUCAUAUAAAGUUUUAUGUAAUUUCUUUUAAAUGGACUAAAACGUGAAAAACCAUCAGAAUACUCCUUUAAAAACAACAGGCGCCUGCAUGUUUCUUGUGAAUAACAACUUCCUGUCAGCAGCCUUCACCUCAGCUGGUUCAGGUUCAUACAAGUGCUGUAUCAGCACAACAUUACUGUAUGACGAGAACCAUAAAGGAGAGAUUUACAGGCCGAAUGCGGCUGAACAGGCCGGUGCGACACACUGGUGCAGUGGAAAAGGAUUUGACUUUGUUCCUGUCUACGUUCAGUCCUGUUCACUGAUUCUCUUUUUAAAUGCUUCUUACUGCCUUAAGUUUAUCUGUGCAUAA